UAUAAUCUGGUAUCAUCUAUGGAGAUAACCACGAUUCAAGAUAGUACUAUCUAAAGCCGUGGAGGUAACUUAUGAUAACACAAGUUUGUAACUUUGAUAAUGUCGCAAAUUGCGAUUAUAAUUUAUAACGUAUAAGUUUUAAAUUUUGCUCAGAAAUCGAAAUGACGUUAGAAUCUUUAGUUCAUUGUUUCAUGUCAUUAUUUAACCUAGUCGUCACCUGGAUUGGUUUACGUGGUUCCAACAACAUCAACGUGGAAAUCGUUUACAAAUCAAACGAUUUCAUUAUCGUCAACAAACCCGAAGACGUGUUUACAAACAAUCACAACAAAGCAAGGCCGUCUUUGGAUGUAUUACUUGGGAAGGAAUAUCCACAUUUGGUAAACAGCAAUUUAGUACACAGUUUCUAUUUUGUGCACAGGUUAGACUUUGUAACCAGUGGUUUGUUAUGUAUUGCACUAAACAAACGAGCAUGCGCCAAAGCUUCGGGUGCAAUGCAAAAAAGAAUAUCCCGAAAGUAUUACAUAGCAUUGGUCAGGGGACACGUGUCCAAAGACCAUUUGGAUUUGACUGACUCUAUUGGGUACUGUGCGAGAGAAGCUGAAGGAAAUCGAAAAAUGUGCACCGUUGACGAGGUGUGUUGCACUGGGCCGCGGGAUGCGCACACCCGGCUAGUGGUGUUGGAGCGUGGCGUGUUCAUGUCAUAUCCUGCAACCAAAGUUCUGUUGCAGCUCAUCACCGGCCGACGUCAUCAGAUCCGGGUGCACUGUUCAACGAUUGGCCACACAAUUGUCGGCGAUUACACGUACAGCGGUCGCAAAGACACGAGUCCGAAUCGGACAUUUCUCCACUCAUACAGACUGGAACUGGGCGUUGACGGCAUUAACGUCCAGACAAAUGACCCAUUUACUAAGGCUAAACUUAAUGGUUUGUGGAUCCCAGUGGAAUACAUCAACGGAACAGGAGACGAUUGUUUUCGAUUAUUUGACAGCUACAGCUGACAUACAUAAAUUGUGACUUAUGAAUUACGAAAUCAUGUACUAUAUGUAUGAAGUUCUCAUUUUAAUUAAAUUCAUGCUGCGGGGACUGAUUGCA